AUGGAGGAUCUAAGAAAAAUACUGAGUGAAGACUACACUCUUCAAGAACAGUCAGAGUAUGAUACAUAUUCUGAAAUAGAAAAAUCGCAAUACCAGGCCACCUAUACUACUCUUACUAACGGAUCUGAUAAUUUUUCAGCUCCAAUAGAUAAUAUCGAUAACAAUCCUGAAGUCAAUUUAGGAGUUCGCACUUUAGAUUCAUCGAUAGACAUUUUUAAUGAUAUUAAACUUUUAAUAAAAGAAGAAGUAAAAAAACGUGUAGCAGAGCAUUGUUGUUCACAUUUGUCUCACGAUUCGGCAGAAGGUUCAACGCCAUCGUCUCCUUCAUCCAAUACCUCAUUCAUAUCAAAUCCACCAUCACCUAGUGUCACUUUUGGUAGCUUCGACAUCGAUGCAAUACUUCAAUUAUUUCCAUCCGGAAAUUUUGUAAUAAAUGAAUUUCAGCAAUUAAACAGAAUUGGAGAUUCGUCACGAGCAAUUUUGCUGGAAUGCAUCACAAAUUGGCUGCUUAAAAAUAAUCAAUCAGUGACCCGAAAAGAAUUUCAAUAUAUUGCAACAAAAAUACAUGAUCGAUUUAACGAAGACCCUAAUAUUUAUUUCAUACCACCUAAGAAGGGCUCAAAGGAAAAUCCUUCAGGACGUUUGUACUGCCGGUAUUAUAACUUAAAGCGUCGUCAUAGAAAAAUUGGUUUCUGUGCAUUCAAUAACGAACCUGGCUGUAGUUCCAGUUCAAUUUAUGUAAAUCCUGUUUUGGAUGAGGAAGAAGUAGAAUUUUUAAAUGAUGACAUUUCGGUGGAUGUCAAGUGGCUUCAGAUUCAUAAAGAACCUUGGGAGGAGGUUAAAUUUAAAUGGCAACAAACCCAUAAGGCGAGACAACUGGAUAUAAAGAAACAAAAUUUCCCUGACAUUUUAAAUAUUUGGCCUUUGCUCAAGCACUCGGCUGGAGUAACACUGAUCAAUAUUGAUUUCGAAAUUUUAUUUCCGGGAAAACAAAGUCUUCUUAUUGAAAAAUGGGACAGUUUUAAAUCAGCAAUUCUACCAGUUUUUAAUGAGAAGAUUAAAGAUAAAAACUGCCACGACCUUCUUUGUCAGUUAAACAAGAAAAAUUUUUUAAGAGAUCCAGAAGAUAUUUUAAUUAUAAACCUGCUCCACGCCAUCCUACCGCCAACAACCCGACAAGCAGCUGUUUCAAGCGAAAAAAAAAAAAAGUUUUUGAAGCCAACUAUUAAGGACUCCCAGCAGUCAUUGGUGGUUGAAGUAGGGGAAGUUAAUGAUUUCAACCCCACCAUCGAUAGAAUUGCUACGAAGGUGAGGCAACAAGGGCAAAACCUACAGCCGCUUAUAAUUCAAUGUAGGUAUGAUAACACAUAUUUAGUAUAUUUUAACGAAAUUAAAUAUAAAUUUCAAAACUUUUUACCUGCGUUAGACACUUGCUUUAAAAUUUUUUUUGCACUUAAUCUCAAAUAUCCAAUCCAAUGUAAAUCUGUUUGGCUUUUUAUACAAAAAUUUUUUUUUCAAAUUGAAACCUCUGAGAGAGUAUCGCCUGAUGUCAUAAUCCUCAUAGAAUCGUUAAAAAAAUAAAAUGUAUAAAUGUCAUUUAUGUUUAAUUGUUUUAUUUGAUGUUAAAAAGCUUAUAUGUCACUAUAAGACCAUACAUUAUUUCAAACAAACAGACGACUAUCAAUGUUUUAGCUGUAAGCAAAUAUACAACCUAAAAAGUUUUAGAAGACAUUUAGAAAGAUCAUGUAAGGGCAUAAAUUUAAACUCGUCUGAUUCUCCGCCCUCGCUUAGUCAAGAGAACAAUGUAUUUUUUGAAAAUAACUUUCAAAUCGAUAACCCAGAAGAAACGAAGAGUACUUAUGAAGAAUCUGAUUUGUUUAAAAUUGUAGAAUCUUCGGCAAUAAGUUUCCUCUGUAAUUUGUAUGGGAAUGCUAAUUUAUCGCGGAAGAUUGUAGAAGAUAUAAUUAAUGCAUUGACUGAGGGAUUAUUUUCACUUAUAUUUAAAAAACUACAACAAGAGUUUUUUGAACAUAUCAAUGUGGCAAAGCAAGACAUAUUUAAACAAACUAUGCUUUUUCUACAAAAUCCUUUCGAUAAAGUUAAAACUUUUCACAGAUUUAUUCAGGUAACAAAAAAUAAUAAUUUAUAUCGAGAACCUUCUAGUUAUGUUAUAAAUAAUGAGGUUUGUGUUAAAAGUGGAACUACACCCACUAUUGAUAUAACAGAAUCUGAUGGUAUUAUAUUACCAUUGAAAUUUCAAUUUGGAAAGUUUUUUGAAUUACCUGGAGUUUAUAAAUCCGCAAUAGAAAAUAUGAAAACUCUUACUCUUAAAAAUACACCACAUUUAAUAACAACUGAAAUUUGGAAGGAAAGAAUUAGUAAGUUUCCGGAAGAUAAGCGUUCCCAAGUAAUGCCAUAUAAUUUAUAUUUCGAUGAUUUUGAAUCAAAUAAUCCAUUAGGGUCACACGGUGGAAGUCAUUCCAUUGGAGCCGUAUACUACAAUUUUCCAGGUCUUCCACAGCACAUUAAUUCAGAGUUAGACAAUAUAUUUGUGGCAAUGUUGUUUUAUUCCAAAUAUAAAUGCUUUGGUGAAAAUUCGAUUUUCUACCACCUUGUUGAUGAAAUAAAAAUGCUGGAAAAAAACGGAGUUCCUAUUAAACUAAGAUCAGGUGAGAUAAAACAUCUUUACUUUGUAUUGGGAUUGAUAACAGGAGAUAAUCUUGGGUUAAAUACCAUCCUAGGUUUCUGCAAAAGUUUUAAUUCUCAAUACUAUUGCCGUAUAUGCAAUUGUUCUAAAAAUGAUAACUAUACAACUUGUUCUGAUAAUAGUAGUAACCAUAGAACUAUUAAUGGUUAUAAUCUCGAUAUAUCUAGAUUCCCAAAAUCAAGUGAUAGAAUGUUGAAUACUGGAAUAAGAGAAGAAUCAACUUUUAACAAUAUUCCAUCGUUUCAUGUAGUUCAAAACUUAACUGUAGAUAUAAUGCAUGAUUUAUUUGAGGGUGUAUGCCAUUACGAUUUGUGUAAGCUCAUCAAUCAUUUUAUAAUUGAAGAAAAUUUUUUUAGUUUAGACGUUUUAAAUAACAGAACACAACUUUUCAGGUAUAGUGAAUCUGAAAUUGGAAAUAUUCCUCCAGUUAUCAAGUCCGAACAUAUAAAACGGAAUAAAUUUAAUAUGUCAGCAAAAGAAAUGUGGACGUUUUGCAGAUUUUUACCAAUUAUUAUUGGUGAUCUCGUUCCAGAAGGUAACGAGCACUGGAAACUAUUAACAAUUCUUAAUAAAAUCAUUGAUAUUGUUUUAAAAUCAAAUUAUGAACAAGUUGAUCUUUCCAAUCUUCAAUCCCUUAUUUCAAGCCACCACUCGACCUAUAUUGAGCUUUUUAAUGAAAAUUUGAAACCUAAAUAUCAUUUUAUGAUUCACUACCCUCAUGUCAUGCGAAUGCUUGGUCCGUUAAAACAUUUUUGGUCAUUCCGGUUUGAAUCGAAGCACAAAGUACUUAAAAAUUAUUGUAAUAGUAUCACUUCUCGUAGAAAUCUUCCAUUGUCCUUAGGGAUUAAAACCUCAUUAAUGUUCUGUAAAAGAAUAACUUGCAGCUUGGGAAUCUCUCCGGAAAUUUCCAAUAUACCAAAAAGUGGCACUUUACUAAAAGAUCGUUUAUGUUUUCCAAAUUUACAAAACGCUUCUUCCUACAAAAUGAAUUUAAAUGAGGUGAUAAGUUACAAUUCUUUUACAUAUCGCAAAAUUUACUAUAAAAGUAAUGACUAUAUUAGUAUUUUUAAUGAUGUGUACAAAAUUAAUUGUAUUAUUUUGUUAAAAAAUGUUCCAUAUAUAAUAUGUGAAAAAAUAGUAAUAUCUAAAUACAUUGAUCAUUUUAACGCUUUUGAAAUUUUAAAAGAUUCUCAAAAUUAUUAUAUUUAUAAUAUUAAUGAAUUUCAUGGGCCUCCAGUGUCCUUGCUUUCAAA